AAAAAAAACCUUGUUGCUCUUUCUCCUUCUUCACUUUCUCUCUGUUCUCCGGUUAAGAGUGUAAGAAAAUGGAAACGAAGCGUCCUGAGAUUGCGAUUCUGGGAGCAGGUACAUUCGUGAAGAGCCAGUACCUUCCAAGACUCUCCGAGAUCUCUCAUCUCUUCAUCCUCAAAGCCAUUUGGAGCCGCACUCAGGAAUCAGCAAGAUCUGCGGUGGAAAUAGCUCAUCGGAACUUCGCCGGAGUGGAGUGUAAGUGGGAAGAUGACGGCCUCGACGACAUCAUCCACGACGGAUCCAUUACUGCAGUCGCUGUCGUUUUGGCUGGGCAAAAUCAGGUUGAAAUCUCACUGAGGAUGCUAAAAGCUGGUAAACAUGUCCUUCAAGAGAAACCUGCGGCAUCUUGUAUAAGUGAGCUGGAAACUGCAUUAUCUAACUACAAAUCUAUUUGUGCUGAUGCUCCUCGUCAAUUAGUUUGGUCUGUGGCUGAAAAUUAUCGAUUUGAGCCUGCCUUAGUAGAGUGCAAGAAACUUAUUGCUGACAUUGGGAAGAUGAUGAGUGUCCAAGUUAUUAUCGAAGGGUCAAUGAACAGUUCAAACCCCUACUUUUCAAGCUCAUGGAGGCGCAAUUUCACUGGAGGCUUCAUUCUUGAUAUGGGUGUGCAUUUCAUUGCAGGCUUAAGAAUGCUUGUUGGGUGUGAGAUAGUUUCGGUUUCAGCUAUGACAUCUCAUGUUGAUUUGACCUUACCACCGCCCGAUAACAUAUCAUCGGUCUUUCAUUUGGAGAAUGGAUGUUCAGGAGUAUUUGUAAUGGUUGUCUCCUCCAGAUCACCCAAGAUCUUGUGGCGAGUUGUUGGCUUGAAUGGAACACUACAAAUUGAGCGUGGAUUUCAAGGACAACAUGGUUACCUGGUUUCAUCGUAUGGUGCUGAUGGACAAUGCAAAAGCUCCUUUUUCCCAUUCAGUGGUGUAACUGAAGAAUUAAAAGCUUUUCUUAAUGAUGUAUCUGAAAGCAACCCUGAGAAGGGCAAUAACUUUGUGGCUGAGCAACGCCUCUCUUUUGUGGAGGGUGCGAGAGAUGUUGCUGUUUUAGAGGCAAUGCUUGAAUCUGGAGCAAGGCAGGGUGAGCUAGUUCAUGUGAAAAAUUUCUGAGGUAAUCAUGGAACUUUUUCCAUUGGCCAAAUAAUUCAAUAUCUGUGCAAUAUUUACUUUGUAUUGGUCCAUGUAGGCAUGAGUAUGGCAAUAAUAGAUGAAUAAGCUGUUGUUUAAAGAAUUACUCGGAGCAAUGUGAUUGGAUGAAGUUCUAAGUAUUUGUAUGCAUUUAUUGAUUCCUCUUGUUUGUAAUGUAAAUUCUACUUUUGACUCAUCAUGUUUAUGCACACAUGGGAAGGGAUUCACUUUC